AUGGCAACUCUACUUCAACCUACUCAUAUCAGGCUCUUCUAUAGCCCCGGCGCAUGCUCCUUCGCACCUCAUUUUCUCCUCUUUGAAGCCGGCAUUGAUUUUGAGGCCGUGACCGUGCAGCGGGAUAAGCCGACAGAAGAACUACUACGCCUCAACCCAAAGGCUCGUGUACCUGUACUAGUCCUCAACGGCGAGGAUGUCAUUACUGAAGUUCCUGCUAUUAUGACCGCAAUAUCCUACAUGGUUCCGGACAAGAAACUGCUAGGUUCAACACCCCUUGAAACAGUCCGAGUAUACGAGUGGUUGAACUGGCUCUCUGGAACCUUGCACGGACAAGGGUUUGCUGGAUAUUGGCGAGCAAGUCGGUUCAUUGAGAACCCAACCGAGGCCGAUGUGCAAAAGUUAAAGACCCAAGGCUACAAGACCGUCCAAGCCGCGUUCAAAAUGAUCGAAGAAAAGCUUGCUACCUCGGACGCUGUCUUUGCAGUCGGAAGAUCCCUGACCGUUGUAGAUGCCUUCUUAGCAGUCUUCUACCGGUGGGGGUUCAUACUCAGCAUUGACAUGAAGAUAUAUGAAAAUUAUACAAAGUUAUGGGAUGCAUUGAAUCAGCGGCCAAUGUUUGUUAAGACUUUGAGCUAUCAAACUCAAAAUUCCUAA